CAAGCUAUUGUAUUCUGUAGUUUUCUAUUAAUUCUAUAAAUUUCCUUUACAUUUUAACCUUUUGUUUUAUUUUGAAGCAGCAAGCUGCUUCAUGACAGAAUAAAAACUGGAUGCGAGUUGUGAUUGAUGUGUGCUUUUGCAGCUUGUAGCACUAUGAGAAACGCAGGUGCAGCUGAUGAUGUUUGCUAGAAGUAGAUUGAAAAAGCAAGAAAAUGAAAUUUCACUUCUGCACAGAAAACCUGUUGUAAAACUGUGGGGCAGGAAGCAAUUCCGGAAGCAAAAACUCCAUUUGUUUCUGCGGGACAAAAUGAAGAGGCUUCUUCAAGGCCAGGUAGAUGAUAAUUCAAACCACGCACAUCGCUGCCAGCUAUCCCCAGUGGAGAUUGAAACAGACGUGUUUGUUUGUGGAAUAAAGAGGAGCUCCGGGAGCACUGAAUUUUCCACAGCUGGAGGGGACUUUCAUCAGGAUGGAGGACGUGAUUCCAAAGGAGUGAGUGAAGUUUGUGUUGGUGAGGUGGAACUGAACUGGGAUGGCUAUGUGAAAAUACCAUGUUCGGUUCAACAGAACAAGAGGGACUCGCAGGGAAGUUCUUCUGAUGGUAUCACACAGACCUCGUCUGAAAUAAAGAGCAGAGUGUCUGAGGGGCAGGACCUUUCUUCCCUGAGCAUUACCAUGAGCUGGAGGGAUGCAGCUGAAAGGCAAGGGUGCUUUCCCCAGGAAAAGCCCACUUCGUACAAGAGCCGUAGAAGGCAAUCAAGAGAUCGCUCAGCUGAUGUGGUUGAUUACAUUGUUAAAGAGCUCCAGGGAAUAAGUCGAAUCCAGACGGAGAUCGCAGAGCUCCGUCAGCACCUCACCUUGAUAAAAGGCUCUGUGGAUGAAGUCUCCAGCUGCGUGGAUACAGUCUUGAGCGAGAUAGAAGGCCUACAAGGUGGUUCCAGUGGCAAAACCCAGGGUACACAUGCUCGAGAGCCAAGAAAGGAGGUACAAAAGGAAGAACCAGUAUUAUAUUUUUAUGGCAUCCCAGAGAAAGAUGGUGAAAACACAGUAGAGCUUAUCUGCAGCUUCUUGUCUGAGUAUCACUGCUUCAAUGGUAUUCAGUGCAGUAAGUAUAUAAAAGAUGCUUAUAGAUCAGAUGUGGGUACAGGCAAACCAUUAAUGCCAAGACCAGCAGUUGUGAAACUUGUCAGUUGUGAACAGAGAGACUUUAUUUUACAGAAGUCUAUCCUUCUACAGAGCUCAGGGGUCUGGAUUGCUACCAGUGAGGAGCAAAAGCGGCAGAAUGGCCAGAAAACAGAUUCGGUCUCUUUGCAGUCUGGCUUCAAGAAAAAUCAUCACAACUCGGUGAAUCCUGAUGGAGCUCAGAGAACUGAUGCAGUUGGGCAACUCCAGAUGGACUCAUUCCAAGUUAAGUAUAAAAGCACGAGUAGGAAAGCACAAUGCACAGGACAGAGACCUGAUUCUGCGCAGAAAUCAGCCAAGGAAAGCAACUCAGUGUCUGAGACUGGAAAGGAAACACAAAUAAUAAGCUGCGGUGAGCAGCCUUCAGAUGACAGUGACAUUCACCAGGUCCUUCAUGAACCUCUGCAAAAUCCACAGGUGACCAGUUUGGCCAGAUCAGGUGAUGGAAAUCACUGCUGCUCAUCUGACUCUUCUGGCCGUGCAAACCAGAUGUGUGCUUCAAAUAAUGGUGGUGAGCACAGGCUUGACACUGAAAAUGUCACUGAGAAUUGCUCUUCCCUUCUAGAAAAAGAUGAGGGCAUAACCACAGAAGAAAUUGAAAUAGACUGUGAUACUUCAUGCAAACUAACCAGUGCAGAGAAAGUUGAUAUUCAAAGAGAAGAUGUUUCUAGUGGGGUGACAACCAUUAGCUAUGAUCAUACAACAGAUGAAAUGGCUGAUAGUAGUGACAGCUUGAAAGAUAUGAUCCAAAUGGACCUGAAUGAUCAAGAUCCAACUGAUCAGGUCUUUAGGGAUGUCCUGGAAAAUUCUCAGUAUUUCCUUGACCAUUCCCGGGAUAACAUUGAUCUUGUAGACAUGAAGUUUUACACUAAUAAGCUUGGGAAAGCUAUUCACCACUUCAGGUCUGCUCUGCAGGUGGUAUUUCAUAAACUGGAAACAAGUGAUUCUGAAAUCCUUUUGGAAAAUGAUAGUGGCUUACAGAUGGAUGAUGACAACACACUUAUGCUGACCAGUUCAGGUAUGGGUGGCAGCUCUGACAACUUUGCAGAAACCCCUCCUAGUCAGUCCUCUGAGAGCCAGGCAAACACAAACGUCAACAGCGAAGCAUCUGCUCAGGUGCAAUUUGCUCCUUCCAGUCUUUCCUCUGUUCCUCAUGAGCCUCCUGUUUCCAGUUUGGUGCCAUCAUCUGACUGUGAAAUCCCUACUGGGCAAUGCUUACCUCCUGAGGAGCUUGGAGAAGAUGUGAACACCCUACCUGAGCCAGCAAAGGAGUGCAGACCCAUGAGCCUUGACAAGGUGUGCGCAGAGACCAUCUACCUGAACAAGUGCAUCAACAAUUUCAAAAAUGUGCUGAGGGAAAAGAGACAAAUGCGUAGGAGACUCUUAAAAGAAUUAGCACAGGAAGGAAACUGGAUUUCUGCUGAGGAGACAAAUUCAGGCAUUGAGAACACUUCCUUGGUGUCAUCUCUGUCCAGAUUGCUACACAGUUAAGGGAAGAGGCUUUGUUUCAAGAGUGGAAGAUAUUUGAAUUGCAGCUUGAAACCCUCACAUCCUUAUUGUGAACUUCUGUGUAUCAAAUACUAUGUUCACUCUUCCUGCAAUCAUGAAAGCUAGUCAGAGUAAUCAGAGCAGUCUUUUUCUGACUGAAAGAGUCAUCUAACUCCAAGUGCUUUUCCAGUGACUGUGCUUUCACUGUGAACAAACAGUUUGUCAACCUGUAUUUGACUUCU